GCAAAUCGAUCGAGGGUUAGGGUUUUAGAAUCUUAGAAAAGCUUUGUUUUCUGAAGAGAGAGAGACAAGAAGAAACAGCAGUCAUGUUUUCUGGAAUGUUCAUGGAGAAGCCAGACAAAGCCGUGGCUUUGAAGCAGCUACGGACCCAUGUUGCUCUGUUCGGCGGCUGGGUUGUGGCCAUCCGUGCUGUUCCGUACGUCCUCUCGUAUUUCUCAGAUUCCAAGGAGGAGCUUAAGCUCGACUUCUAAGACUCUGAUUCUCAGUGUUGAAGCGGUUGAUAUUUAGAUGCACUGUGUGGCAAUGGAAGACAGACAUUGUUUUUGGCGUAUUUGCAAUUUUCUUUAGACUUGAAAUAACCAAGCUGUGAGAAAUAAAAGUUAUUAUAGUGAUGUACUUUUGCUAUUCGUUUGUUACUUUGGUUUCUCAUCUCUCAUAUCCUUUCUUCUCUUCUGAUUUAUUGGAAAGAGUACUAUGAGCGUGGUCGUUAUAAAUCA